GAGAUAACUCUGACGGAGGGUAGCCGUGUGUUUGAGACAUGGAAAAACCCUCCUCCUCCCGUCUUCAUGCAGUUCUUCUUCUUCAACGUCACCAACCCAGAUGAGUUCCUGACUGGAGACAAGCCUAUCGUCUCUCAGGUCGGCCCUUACACAUACAGGUAGGACUACACACCUACAGACACCUAACAGGUAGUUCCUGGCUGGAGACAAGCCUGUCCUCUCAGGUCGAGGUGUAAAAAGUACCCAAUUAUCAUACUUGAGUAAAAGUAAAGAUACCUUAAUAGAAAAUGACUCAAGUAAAAGUGAAAGUCACCCAGUAAAAUCUUACUUUUAUUCGGUAUCUGGUUUUAAAUAUACUUAAGUAUCAAAAGUAAAAGUAAGUCAUUUAAAAUUCCUUAUAUUAAAGCUGCAGUAUGUAACUUUUUGGGCGACCCGACCAAAUUAACAUAGAAAUGUGUGUUAUAGAUCUGUAGAAGCGGUAGAUCUGCUCUAUGGAAGCUAUUUCCAUGCUUCCCACGCUUAAGUUUAGUUUUUGCAUAUUUAACUUUGGUUUUGUACACCAGCUUCAAACAGCUGGAACAUUUUUGAAAUGGCAGAAUGAUUUCUGCAUAUUGCACCUGUAAGCAAACCAGACGGCACAAUUUUCUUGUUUUUUAAAAAAUUGACAGAUAGCCAGGGGCACACUCCAACACUCAGACAUAAUUUACAAACAAAGCAUUUGCUUUAAGUGUCUGCCAGAUCAAAGGCAGUAGGGAUGACCACGUGUUCUCUUGAUAAGUGCAUGAAUCUCACCAUUUCCUGUCCUGCUAAGCAUUUGAAAUGUAACGAGUACUUUUGGGUGUCGGGGAAAAUGCAUGGAGUAAAAAGUACAUUCUUUUUUUUGGGAAUGUAGUGAAGUAAAAGUAGUCAAACAGGUAAAUAGUAAAGUAAAGUACAGAUAUCCCCCCAGAAAACGACUUAAGUAGUACUUCAAAGUAUUUUGACUUACUUUACACCACUGCCCGUACACAUAGUUUUAUUCACAUAGCAGUUAAUACAAACUGAAAUCCAUGUGCGUUUAGAAUACAAAUAAAUGUAAAUAAUAAAUAAAUGUAAUAAAUGAAUAAAAUAAAUAUAAGUAUAUAUAAUAUAAAUAAAUAAAUACAUCUUGAAGACUUAAAGUGACUCAUUAAUAAUAAUAAUAAUAGAGUUAUUAUUAACUCAUUAAUUAGAGAACAGAAGUACAGUAUGUUAUGGGUGACCUCUUGUACAUACAGUGCCUUCAGAAAGUAUUCACACGUACAUACAGUGCCUUCAGAAAGUAUUCACACGUACAUACAGAGCCUUCAGAAAGUAUUCACACGUACAUACAGUGCCUUCAGAAAGUAUUCACACGUACAUACAGUGUCUUCAGAAAGUAUUCACACGUACAUACAGUGCCUUCAGAAAGUAUUCACACGUACAUACAGUGCCUUCAGAAAGUAUUCACACGUACAUACAGUGCCUUCAGAAAGUAUUCACACGUACAUACAGUGCCUUCAGAAAGUAUUCACACGUACAUACAGUGCCUUCAGAAAGUAUUCACACGUACAUACAGUGCCUUCAGAAAGUAUUCACACGUACAUACAGAGCCUUCAGAAAGUAUUCACACGUACAUACAGUGCCUUCAGAAAGUAUUCAAACCCCUUUACUUUUUCCACAUUUUGUUGUGUUACAGCCUGAGAAAAAAUAAGAAACCUGCACACUGCUCUUGCUAGUAUCACUGCUCUUGAUAGUAUCACUGCUCUUGAUAGUAUCACUGCUCUUGCUAGUAUCACUGCUCUUUAUUAAGCUUUACGUAUCGGCCUCAAGGCCUUCGUCAGAGCUUUUGUGAGAGUUUUUAAUUUGCACCCUUAUGUAGACAUAGCUCCACCCACAUCUGUUCAAUGCAUCGAAUGGGGUUGGAGUUGAGGGAAAAUAAGCAUGUGUUACCAAAUAUAACAAUGUGCAUUUCAUAAAUAUUCUAAUAAACUGUGUACAUAAAACGUAUUAAAAACGUCUGUAAAACCACAAUGAGGACAUCGACCUAUCAAGUAAGAAGUAUGUUAUGUGUGACCUCUUGUACCGUUCUUGUACGUACAGGGCCUUCAAAAAGUACUUUGUCCACAUUUUGUUGUGUUACAGCCUGAAUUUAAAAUGGAUUAAAUUGAGAUUUUGUAUCACUGGCCUACACACAAUACCCCAUAAUGUCAAAGUGGAAUUAUGUUUUUAGAAAUGUUUACAAAUUCUUUAAAAAUUAAAAGCUGAAAAAUGAAAUUGUACUCUGUGUGCAAUAAUAGUGUUUAACAUUAUUUUUGAAUGACUACCCUUAUCUCUGUAUACACACACAUACAAUUAUCUAUAAGGUCUCUCAGUCGAGCAGUGAAUUUCAAACACAGAUUCAACCACAAAGACCAGGGAGGUUUUUCAAUGCCUCGCAAAGAAGGGCACCUAAUGGUAGAUGGGUUUUAAAAAAAAAGCAGACAUUGAAUAUCUCUUUGAGCAUGGUGAAGUUAUUAAUUACAAUUUGGAUGGUGUAUCAAUACACCCAGUCACUACAAAGAUACAGGCGUCCUUCCUAGAGGAAGGAAACCGCUCAGGGAUUUCACCAUGAGGCCAAUGGUGACUUUAAAACAGUUGUUUGUGAAAGGAGAAAACUGAGGAUGGAUGAACAACAUUGUGGUUACUCCACAAUACUAACCUAAUUGACAGAAUAAUUUUUUUACUAAACAUGCAUCCUGUUUGCAACAAGGCACUAAAGUAAAACUGCAAAAAAUGUGGCAAAGAAAUUAACUUUAUGUCCUGAAUACAAAGCGUUAUGUUUGGGGCCAUGAUUUUAGAUUUUUAGUCAUUUAGCAGACGCUCUUAUCCAGAGCAAUUUACAGUUCACCGCAUCAAAGGGAUGAUGGACGGGGCCAUGUAUCGUCAAAUCUUGGGUGAGAACCUCCUUCCCUCAGCCAGGGCAUUGAAAAUGGGUCGUGAAUGGGUAUUCCAGCAUGACAAUGACCCAAAACACACGGCCAAGGCAACAAAGGAGUGGCUCAAGAAGAAGCACAUUAAGGUCCUGGAGUGGCCUAGCCAGUCUCCAGACCUUAAUCCUAUAGAAAAUCUGUGGAGGGAGCUGAAGGUUCGAGUUGCCAAACGUCAGCCUCGAAACCUUAAUGACUUGGAGAAGAUCUGCAAAGAGGAGUGGGACAAAAUCCCUCCUGAGAUGUGUGCAAACCUGGUGGCCAACUACAAGAAAUGUCUGACCUCUGUGAUUGCCACCAAGUACUAAGUCAUGUUUUUGCAGAUGGGUCAAAUACUUAUUUCCCUCAUUAAAAUGCAAAUAAAUUUAUAACAUUUUUGACAUCCGUUUUUCAGAAUUUUGUUGUUGUUAUUCUGUCUCUCACUGUUCAAAUAAACCUACCAUUAAAAUUAUAGACUGAUCAUUUCUUUGUCAGUGGGCAAACGUACAAAAUCAGCAGGGAAUCAAAUACUUUUUUCCCUCACUGUAUGUAAAUUAGAUAUUUCUGUAUUUCAAACAUUUCUACUUUGUCAUUAUUUCAUCCAUUUUGAAUUCAGCCUGCAGCACAACAAAACAUGGAGAAAGUCAAGAGGUAUGUAUCUGUAUCUACAGUGCAUUCGGAAAGUAUUCAGACCCCUUGACUUUCUCCAUGUUUUGCUACGUUACAGCCUUAUUCAAAAAAUGUAUUAAAUGGUUUUUUCCCUCAUCAAUCUACACACAAUACCCCAUAAUGAAAAAGCAAAAACAGACAAUGCAUGUCUGAACAAAAACCAAGCCAUGAGGUCAAAGGAAUUGUCUGUAGAGCUCCGAGACAGGAUUGUGUCGAGGCACAGAUCUGGGGAAGGGUACCAAAUGAUUUCUGCAGCAUUGAAGGUCCCCAAGAACACAGUGGCCUCCAUCAUUCUUAAAUGGAAGAAGUUUGGAACCACCAAGAAUCUUCCUAGAGCUGGCCGCCCAGCCAAACUGAGCAAUCGGGGGAGAAGGGCCUUGGUCAGGGAGGUGACCAUGAACCCGAUGGUCACUCUGACAUAGCUCCAGAGUUCCUCUGUGGAGAUGGGAGAACCUUCCAGAAGGACAACCAUCUCUGCAGCACUCCACCAAUCAGGCCUUUAUGGUAGAGUGGCCAGACGGAAGCCACUCCUCAGUGAAAGGCACAUGACCGCCCACUUGGAGUUUGUCAAAAGGCACCUAAAGGACAGACCAUGAGAAACAAGAUUCUCUUGUCUGAUGAAACCAAGAUUGAACUCUUUGGCCUGAAUGCCAAGCGUCACAUCUGGAUGAAAUGGUGGUGGCAGCAUUAUGCUGUGGGGAUGUUUUUCAGCGACAGGGACUGGGAGACUAGUCAGGAUUGAGGGAAAGAUGAACGGCGCAAAGUACAGAGAGAUCCUUGAUGAAAACCUGCUCCAGAGCGCUCAGGACCUCAGACUGGGGUGAAGGUUCACCUUCCAACAGGACAACGACCGUAAGCACACAGCCAAGACAAUGCAAGAAUGGCUUCGGGACAAGUCCCUGAAUGUCCUUGAGUGGCCCAGCCAGAGCCGGGACUUGAACCCGAUCAUACAUCUCUGGAGAGACCUGAAAAUAGCUGUGCAGCGACACUCCCCAUCCAACCUGACAGAGCUUGAGAGGAUCUGCAGAGAAGAAUGGGAGAAACUCCCCAAAUUCAUGUGUGCCAAGCUUGUAGCAUCAUACCCAAGAAGACUCGAGGCUGUAAUCUUUGCUAAAGGUGCUUCAACAACGUACUGAGUAAAGGGUCUGAAUACAUUUGCAAAAAUGUCUACAAACCUGUUUUUGCUUCGUCAUUAUGGGGUAUUGUGUGUAGAUUGAUGAGGGGGAAAAAACUAUUUAAUCCCUUUUAGAAUAAGGCUGUAGUGUAACAAAAUGGGGAAAAGGUCAAGGGGUCUGAAUACUUUCCGAAUGAACUGCUGCUCUGUUUUUACGUCAUUUUAGCAGACGUUCUUAUCCAGAGCGACUUACAGGAGCAAUUAGGAUAAAGUGCCUUGCUCAAGGGCACAGACAGAUUUUUCACCUAAUCAGCUCGGGGAUUCAAACCGGCGACCUUUUGGUUACUGGCCCAACGCUCUUAACCACUGCAAUUUACCUAUGACCUUCUUUGCCGCACCUGACCACACAACUGGGCAGUAGUCCAGGUGAGACAAAACUAGGGCCUGUAGGACCUGUCUGGUUGACAGAGAUAUCAAGAAAGCAGAGCAACGCCUCAUCACGGACCUCUUCCCAUUUUAGGAACCAUUGACUCUAUAUGUUUUGACCAUGAUAGCAACUUGCUCAAUAGCCACAUUAUUCAAUAAUAGACCCAGAUGAGGUUUAGGGUUGAGUGAGUGAUUUGUCCAAAAAAAGUAUGCUUUUAGUUUUUUUUUUAGAUAUUUAGCAUCAGCCUAUUGCUAUUUACCCAUUCUAAAACUGACUGGAGCUCUAUGUUAAGGGUGUCAGUUAUUUAUUUUACUGUUGCAGCCGGCGUGUAUACUGUUGAGUCGUCAUAGACACACAGCUUUUGCCUAGAAUUUAAUUUAAGGUACUCCAGAGCUUUUUACUAUCAUUCUUUAUAUAAUUUAUCUUUAUUCCAUAUAGUUUCCAUAUAGUUUCCAUAUAGUUUCUUCAUCUUUUUUGUUUAGUUUAGUUACGUUAUUUCUCAAUUUACUGUAUGUUUGCCAAUCUGCUGUGUUGCCAGACUUAUUUGCCAUUCCCUUAGCCUCGUCCCUCUCAGCCAUACCGUUUUUCAGUUCAUCAUUCUUUAUGGGCGUAUUCCUUUGAGUAACUGGAAGAAGCAAUUUCAUAAAUGCUUCAAGUGCAGUGUCAGGAUGUUCCUCAUUACACACAUCAGACCAACAAAUAUUUUUCACAUCUUUAACAUAGGAAUCAUUGCAAAACCUCUUGUAUGAUCUCUCUUACACUAUAUUAGGCCCAGCCUUUGGAACUUUGGUUUCCCUAGAUAUGGCUACUAUAUUAUGAUCACUACAUCCGAUGGAUGUGGAUACAGCUUUAGAGCAGACUUCUGCAGCAUUAGUAAAGAUGUGAUCAAUACAAGUGGAUGAUUUAGUUCCUGUUCUGUUUGUAAAUACCCUGGUGGGUUGACUGAUAACCUGAACCAAGUUACAGUUUGAAGCUUUUUUCUUGAGAGCAUAGCUUGAUGAAAACCAGUCAAUAUUUAAUCAAUGUUUAAGUAGAUCGUCAUUUCAUCGUCAUUGAUGAGAGAAGUGGGUUAUCACUGUUAAUGCACCCAACGAAUGCUCUCUAAAAGAAAUAUCAAUGUCCAUGGCUAGAGCAAAAACACAGCAGAUUUACAGUUGGCACACUUCCUGUCAGGAUAAUCUGGCUUCUUGACCUAAUUACCUAGUCUGGUUCAUUUGAUUUGUGAUGGAAUAUGUUGAAAUAUUUAUGCAUUAUAUUGCAAAAAGUGGAUGUUGGGUAAGUUUGGCAGUUGCUUUGUCAAGAUGUACAGGCCCAAGGAGAAUGUGACGUUUGCAGAGACUGACUUCCCCCUUGUCUGCUCUGUUCCAGGGAGUACAGGGCCAAGGAGAAUGUGACGUUUGUAGAUAAUGGGACCAGAGUGGCUGCCUACCAACCCAAGACAUUUGUGUUCCUGCCAGAACGCUCUGCAGGUGAUCCUGAUGUCGACAUGAUCACAACCAUCAAUAUCCCAGCUGUGGUGAGUAACCGUGCUUUCACAGUGUUUUCGGGUUAUGCUGAGUAAGUAGGGCUUUCAGGUUAAAAUCCACCCCUCCCCCCUCCCCCCCUUCUUCUCCCUCAGGCGGUGAUGAACAAGGUGAAGGAUAGUUUCUGGAAGAGUUCUAUGGUAUCUAUCUGGAUGAACUCCCUGAAAGUAGGCAUGUUCAUGACACGCUCGGUGAACGAGCUGCUGUGGGGCUUCAAUGAUCCUCUGUUGUCCCGUCUCCACACCCUUAACCCAGAGAUCGACGAGUACUUUGGCCUCAUGUACAAGGUAGGUGUCCACGAAGUCAAUACAAAAUGAUAAAUCUGACCUACUCAGCUCUUCACUAAGUUCUGUAAAUAAGUAUUUCGGGUACUGUAGCCUGGGAGUCACUGGACUUGAAUUGUCUGAAAAGACAGCCAGCACUCACAAGAAAGUCAUUACAUACACUACCGGUCAAAAGUUUUAGAACACCUACUCAUUCCAGGGUUUUUCUUAAUUUUUACUAUUUUCUACAUUGUAGAAUAAUAGUGAAGACAUCAAAACUAUGAAAUAACACAUAUGAAAUCAUGUAGUAACCAAAAAAGUGUUCAACAAAUGUUCCGUAUUGACUGACCUUCAUGUCUUAAAGUAAUGAUGGACUGUUGUUUCUCUUUGCUUAUUUUAGCUGUUCUUGCCAUAAUAUGGACUUGGUCUUUUACCAAAUAGGGCUAUCUUCUGUAUACCCCCCUACCUUGUCACAACACAACUGGUUGGCUCAAAUGCAUUAAAAAGGAAAGAAAUUCCACAAAUUAACUUUGAACAAGUCACAUCUGUUAAUUGAAAUGCAUUCCAUGUGACUACCUCAUGAAGCUGGUUGAGAGAAUGCCAAGAGUGUGCAAAGCUGUCAUCAAGGCAAAGGGUGGCUAUUUGAAGAAUCUCAAAUAUAAAAUAUAUUUUGAUUUGUUUAACACUUUUUUGGUUACUACAUGAUUUCAUAUGUGUUAUUUCAUAGUUUUGAUGUCUUCACUAUUAUUCUACAAUGUAGAAAAUAGUAAAAAUAAAGAAAAACCCUUGAAUGAGUAGGUGUUCUAAAACUUUUGACCGGUAGUGUAUGGGGUAUGUAAUGAUGUCACUGUGGCCUCAUGUAUAAGGUAGGUCACUAGGGAAGCUCAGAGGUGGAGGCUCAGUGGUCAAAGCUGGUUAUAAUGUCAUUAUGUCAUUGCCAUAGAUACAGAACAUUACAUAUUGUCAAUGGUCAUUGCAACCUGUUUUGUCAGCUGGGGGAUGCCACAGCCACCUAAAGACAUGUGGGUGAUAAAAUAAUAAUGUAAUUUUUCCAACAAUUGUUUACAGACAGAUUAUUUCACUUUUAAUUCCCUGUAUCACAAUUCCAGUGGGUCAGAAGUUUACAUACACUAAGUUGACUGUAUCUUUAAACAGCUUGGAAAAUUCCAGAAAAUGAUGUCAUGGCUUUAGAAGCUUCUGAUAGGCUAAUUGACAUCAUUUGAGUCAAUUGGAGGUGUACCUGUGGAUGUAUUUCAAGGUCUACCUUCAAACUCAGUGCCUCUUUGCUUGACAUCAUCGGAAAAUCUAAAGAAAUCAGCCAAGACCUCAGAAAAAUAAUUGUAGACCUCCACAAGUCUGGUUCAUCCUUGGGAGCAAUUUCCAAACGCCUGAAGGUACCACGUUCGUCUGUACAAACAAUAGUACGCAAGUAUAAACACCAUGGGACCACGCAGCUGUCAUACCGCUCAGGAAGGAGAUGUGUUCUGUCUCCUAGAGAUUAACGUACUUUGGUGCGAAAAGUGCAAAUCAAUCCCAGAACAACAGCAAAGGACCUUGUGAAGAUGCUGAAGGAAACAGGUACAAAAGUAUCUAUAUCCACAGUAAAACGAGUCCUAUAUCGACAUAACCUGAAAGGCUGCUCAGCAAGGAAGAAGCCACUGCUCCAAAACCGCCAUAAAAAAGCCAGACUACGGUUUGCAACUGCACAUGGGGACAAAGAUCGGAAUGUUUAGAGAAAUGUCCUCUGGUCUGAUGAAACAAAAAUAGAACUGUUUGGCCAUAAUGACCAUUGUUAUGUUUGGAGGAAAAAGGGGGUCGCUUGCAAGCCGAAGAACACCAUCCCAACCGUGAAGCACGGGGGUGGCAGCAUCAUGCUGUGGGGGUGCUUUGCUGCAGGAGGGACUGGUGCACUUCACACAAUAAAUGGCAUCAUGAGGAAGGAACAUUAUGUGGAUAUAUUGAAGCAACAUCUCAAGACAUCAGUCAGGAAGUUAAAGCUUGGUCGCAAAUGGGUCUUCCAAAUGGACAAUGACCCCAAGCAUACUUCCAAAGUUGUGGCAAAAUGGCUUAAGGACAUCAAAGUCAAGGUAUUGGAGUGGCCAUCACAAAGCCCUGACCUCAAUCCUAUAGAAAAUGUGUGGGCAGAACUGAAAAAGCGUGUGCGAGCAAGGAGGCCUACAAACCUGACUCAGUUACACCAGCUCUGUCAGGAGGAAUGGGCCAAAAUUCACCCAACUUAUUGUGGGCAGCUUGUGGACGGCUACCCGAAACGUUUGACCCAAGUCAAACAAUUUAAGGGCAAUGCUACCAAAUACUAAUUGAGUGUAAUGUAAACUUCUGACCCACUGGGAACGUGAUGAAAGAAAUAAAAGCUUAAAUAAAUCAUUCUCUCUACUAUUAUUCUGACAUUUCACAUUCUUAAAAUAAAGUGGUGAUCCUAACUGACCUAAGACAGGGAAUGUUUACUAGGAUUAAAUGUCAGGAAUUGUGAAAAACAGAGUUUAAAUGUAUUUGGCCAAGGUGUAUGUAAACUUCAGACUUCAACUGUAUAAACACUCAAAAUAGGUCAGGAGUCAGACAGGGAGCCGAAGAAGGAACAAGAAUGAGUUAUUUAGGCUAUAUUAUUUCAAUUAUUUCAAUUAUUUCAAGGCUAAAGCCUACAAAGAAAUACAUUGUGAAACAUUAGCGAGUGCAACACUAGACUGGUAGGGACAUAAAGGGCUCAGACUUCAACUGUAAAAACUUUCAAAUUAUUUUCAUUUUUUUCCCCCCACUCUGCAGAAAAAUGGAAGCAAUGAUGGUGAAUUUGUUUAUCAUACCGGGGAGGCAGACUUCAUGGACUACGGCAGGGUAGCCACAUUUAAAGGAGAAAGGUACUGAAACAUAUUGGCCCGUGAUGACACACAUGUUUUUUUGUGUUGUAACUUAGAUAAUAGACAACGUGACGCUCACUCACGGAUCAUUCUUCCAAAAAAAAAAGUGCUGGAUCCUCAUUAGUAAAUUUCCUCAUAUGAAAGUGACUCCAAAAUAUGCUGCCUGCUACAGCACAUACUGGAGUCAUCUCCUCCGAACACACCCUAGAUUUACAUUUUUUAUUUGAUGAUGAGAAACCCCGUCAUUGAGUAACUCUUUGGUGUAAAAGACUGGAACAGAACAGUCCACUGGUUUCCUAAGACAUUCUUCACACUGCCAGACAGUAACAGAGGACAGGGGCUGCGUCCCCAAACGGCACCCUAUUCCCUAUGUAGUGCACUACUUUUAACCAGAGCCCCUAUUGACCAGGUCCCCCCUAUGUAGUGCUCUAUAUAGGAAAUAGGGUACCAUUUAGGAUGCGCGCCAGGAGUCUGCAGCACCAGAGAGAGAGAGAGAGAGAGACUCCCCAGAGGCCCCUAGCCUAGCCAGAACACAGAGCUGUGUGCUUGCCACAUCCUGGUAUCUGGCCUUGUUAGAAAAUACUAAAUGAGAACUUCUAGUCAGCUAACUUCUCACGUCCUGCUAGACUGUGAUACACUCAGUAUGUCACAGGCAGCACCCUUUCCUUCCCCCUUUGAUUAGAUAAAGCACAAAACCUUGUAUUAAACAUUAUUUAAGUCAUAUGAGCCUAAACAAUCAAGCGUUUGGGCUAGAUGGUGCUUUUGUAUUUUUAUAAGGUAUUGUAAAAUAUAGUAAUUUAAUUGAGUUACAUUUAGAACUAAAUCUCGUGUUUCAGCAAACUGAGCCUGUGGACGUCUGAGCAGAGUAACAUGAUCAACGGUACCGACGGCAGCGCCUUCCACCCCCUGCUGUCCAAGACCGAGAGACUGUACAUCUUCAGUCCUGACUUGUGCAGGUAGGCUACAGCACAGGGGGGAAAAAAACGGAGUACAGGUGAAACAGUCAUGUCAAAAGGUCACUAAAACACACCACUUUAAACAGGGAUUCCAUUUCAAUGCAAGUCAAUUCAGGAAGUAUAGCUUUUACAUAAGGAAAUGGAUUUGAACCCCGCAACCCUGCUAAAUAAUAUCAAAGGGUAUUGGGAAUGUCCACUGCACACGGUCUCCUUGUGGUAGAAGGAUCCCACAAGAACGUUGUCUCUCAGUCUCUCACCAAAUGUUCCUCAUUGAGCAAUGGCCUGAUAGAGCUCUCCUCAUGGUUGACUUUUCAGCUGGUUGGGAUGUGAGUGCUGAUGAGGUAGUGGGACAUUACAUUUACAUUUACGUCAUUUAGCAGACGCUCUUAUCCAGAGCGACUUACAAAUUGGUGCAUUCACCUUAUAGCCAGUGGGAUAACCACUUUACAAUGUUUUUUUUCUUCGUUUUUUUUUUGGGGGGGUGGGGUGGUGUCCAAGAAGGAACGGGUCUUCACCACUGACCUGUUCAGGAGCAGUACAGAGGGCAGAUCAUGUCAGAACAGAACAGAACCCUUACUAAACGGUAGGAUUUGGGCCAGUUCCAAUUCCUCAUUUAAUAAAAGCAAUGAAAGCUUGUACUUACUUCAUUAAUUGAAAUGGAAUUGUCCCCAAACAACCUUGCUAAACAGUAGAUCAAAGGCCACUGAAAACAAAUGCACCACUUUAAGUUUACUGUUCAGUACAGUUUCACUGUGUUAAAAGGAUCUCACUAGAACAGCAAUGUUUCAUAUUGAGCAAUGGCCUGUUUUCUCUUGACCUUUCACAUGGUUAUGAUGUGCGUGCUGAUGAGGUAGUGGGUUAUUCUGGGCCCUACAACCUCGCCUCAGCAGAAGGGGAAGGAAAUAUUUUAUUAGUGUCAGGGGUAUAAUAUGUCCACAUGGCAGGGAUCUUGUGAGAUGGUUAUCAUCAUAACCUCCUGAUAACUUACACAUAUGAACACAGACUAUAUGCAAGUGACCUCCCUAUGGCCCUCGUCCAACUAGCUUUACCUCCCUAUGGCCCUCGUCCAGCUAAACUUUACCUCCCUAUGGCUCUCGUCCAACUAAACGUUAAACCCCUAAUUGGCUCGCGUCCAACUAGCGUUACCCCAUCCCUAAUGGCCCCUGCUCCCAGCUAAACUUUACCUCCCUAUGGCCCUCGUCCAGCUAAACUUUACCUCCCUAUGGCUCUCGUCCAACUAGCUUUACCUCCCUAUGGCCCUGCUCCAGCUAAACUUUACCUCCCUAUGGCCCUCGUCCAGCUAAACUUUACCUCCCUAUGGCUCUCGUCCAACUAGCUUUACCUCCCUAUGGCCCUCUCGUCCAGCUAAACUUUACCUCCCUAUGGCUCUCGUCCAACUAAACUUUACCUCCCUAUGGCUCUCGUCCAACUAAACUUGACCCUCCCUAAUGGCCCUCGUCCAACUAGCUUUACCGUCCCCUAAUGGCCCUCGUCCAACUAAACAUUUACCUCCCUAUGGCCUCGUCCCAUGGCUCCGUCCAAUAAACUUUACCUCCCUAUGGCUCUCGUCCAGCUAAACUUUACCUCCCUAUGGCCCUCGUCCAGCUAAACUUUACCUCCCUAUGGCUCUCGUCCAGCUAAGCUUUUCCUCCCUAUGGCCCUGCUCCAGCUAGCUUUUCCUCCCUAUGGCCCUGCUCCAGCUAGCUUUAAAUACUGUAAUCUUUAUUUUCAAAAUACUUUUCUAUACCAUUUAUUUUAUAGAGGUUCACAUUUUGUGGCUCCCCUUUCACCCUGCAUUGUUAUCAGAAGUCUGAUAGCACUAUGGUGUGAUAAAAGCGUCUGCUAAAUGAACUAAAUAUAAAUGUAUAUGUAAACUGAACAAUUGCAAAGCAUGCUGAGUAUUAUUCUAAUGAACUCCGCACCGAAACAAUACCCAGUGUUCUUUGCAGUUCAUUUCUCAUGUUCCUUUUCACACCUACAUUUUGGUCAUUUAGCAGACAUUCAUAUCCAGAGUGACUUGCUCAACUAAGUUAGUUAAACAACAACAUCUCACAGUCAUAGCAAGUAAAACGUUUUUGUAACUGUUACUGAGAUUGUUGUUGGUGUUCGGGCCAGGCUACUUGCAAAUGUAUUUUGUAGUUUAUUUUGAUACAUUGAUCUUUAUGGUAUUUUGUAUCUGUAUUUUGUAAUUGUAUUUAGUAAUUGUUGCCCAUCCUUGCGUUUAUUUUGACACGGCCAUCAAACCCCUUUGUGUCUCUAUUUGACUUUUCACCUAAAUAUAUGAGACUCUCCCCUUGUUGUUGAUUGGUGGAGUGUGUGGGUGGGGGGGCGGUCUAUUUUAGCUGGGAACCUUGACCUAAAAAACUGGGACUAGUCGACUACUACAAACUUCCUCCCCCCUUUGUUGAGGGUGGGCGGAAAGAAUCUGCUGGAUUGGCAUGUGCAUCUGCCGUUUUCAUCAGGAGCACAGUUUGAACUCGUCAAGCCUCCAAUGAAUGUUUGGAAAACCCUUUCACCUUCUUAGUCACAUGAGUAGCAGCGACCGAACGACUGGUCAUCUGUGUUAUUGUGGCUAAAGGGGACAUCCCACCUUCCACUGACUACGUCCCAAAUGGCAUCCUAUUUCCAGUGGCUCCCAGCCCACUUCCUGUUAUUUGUAUCAUAUUUAUAAUAGGAAGUUGUUGUUCCAGUCAUUAGUCAUGUCCAACAAACUUUAUACACACAUUGUUUAUACCCACAUUGUUUUGAGUAUUAGAGAAGAGCUGAUGCGCGUCAGCAGAAAGACCUUUGCCAAAGAUCCAAGGGGCAAGUCAACCGGAGGUGUUAGUUUUGGGGGUCAAUUCCUUUUGCAAUUUCACUUAACUUCCAAAGUUUAUGCACUAUGUUCCACAUCAGGGAAAUGUUAAUCUCAUGAAAAAAAAGGUGUAAACACAUGUAAAUAGAGUUAAAUUCGCUAGCUAGUGCAUUUGAGAUUGUGGGAUUAGGGGAUUCUGGGUUGUGAGAUUAGGGGAUUCUGGGUUGUUAGAUUAGGGGAACGACAUAAUGAUCAACGAGAGGUACCAGCAGGGUUUGGGUCAGUUCCAUUCGGAAUUGACAACGGGUGCUGUAGGUGGGUGUGGUGCAGGAAUCAGGCGCAGGACGCAGAAACUUAGUCCAAAAGACUUUAGUGAACAAACACUUAGAACACGAGCCAAAGAGCCCGGAGGCGAGAAAAUACGCACACAGGCGUAAAACAAAAUGCGCACUAACAUGUGCGAGAACCCUCCCAAACAGAGGAGGAAAACAACGAAGCACAGACAACCAACAGUGGCGCAAUCACACACAACACAUGACAAACACAACGAGAACUUAUAGGACAAAUAAUGAACGCUAAACGAUAACAGGUGUACAACAUCAAGACGAAACCAAACGAACAUCGAAACAUACAACGGUGGCAGCUAGUACUCCGGAGACGACGACCGCCGAAGCCUGCCCGAGCAAGGAAGAGAGGCAGCCUCGGCCGAAACCGUGACAGGAAUUUCAGUUUCCUUCCUGAAUUGAAAUGGAAAGUAGUAGGAACUGUAUAAAGUAUGAAAUAUGAAUCUAAAAACGGUAACAUUUCUCAGUUCUUUGUAACCUCAUGGUUUGGUUGUUUGUUUGGUUGGUUGGUGGAUUAUUUGAUUUAUUUAUUGUUUGUUGUGAUCCUCAGGUCCAUCUUCAUGGAGUUUGAGAAGGAUGUGUGGGUGAAGGGGCUCCCAGCGUAUCGUUUCACCCCUCCUCGUGAUGUCCUGGCCAGCAAGGAGGAGAACCCAGCCAACGAAGGAUUCUGUGUCUCCCCCAAAGAGUGCCUGGGUACCGGCUUGCUCAAAGUCAGCGUAUGCCGAAAAGGUAGGUGCACAUCUACCUCCACCUCCACCUCCACCUCCACCUCCACCUCCACCUCCACCCCUCCACCUCCACCUCCACCUCCACCUCCACCUCCACCUAUCUGUCUAUCUCUACCUCCUCUCCACCUCUCUACCUCCUCCUCUCCACCUCUCUACCUCCUCCUCUCCACUCCUCCACCUCUCCUCUCCACUUCUCCACCUCUCCUCUCCACCUCUCUACCUCCUCCUCUCCACACCUCCUCCUCUCCCACUCCUCCUCCUCUCCUCUCUCACUCUCCACCUCUCCUCCUCCUCUCCUCUCCACUCCUCCUCCUCUCCUCUCUCACCUCUCUACCUCUCCUCUCCCUCCUCCUCCUCCCUCUCCUCCUCCUCUCUACACCUCCUCCUCUCCCUCCUCUCUCCCUCCUCUCUCCCUCCUCCUCCUCCCCUCUCCGUCUCCUCUCUCCACCUCUCUCCUCUCCCCUCCUCCACCUCCUCCUCUCCACCUCUCUACCUCCUCCUCUCCUCUCCACUUCUCCCUCGCCCUCUCCACUUCCUCAUCCCUUCUCCCUUCUCCACCUCUUUCUCCUCCCCUCUCCACCUCAUCUUUCCUCUCCACUUCUCCACCUCUCCUCUCCACUUCUCCACCUCUCCUCUCCACUUCUCCUCCUCUUUGCACUUCUCCACCUCUCCUCUCCACUUCUCCACCUCUCCUCUCCUCUCCAAUUCUCCACCUCUCCUCUCCACUUCUCCACCUCUCCUCUCCUCUCCACUUCUCCACCUCUCCUCUCCACUUCUCCUCCUCUUUGCACUUCUCCACCUCUCCUCUCCACUUCUCCACCUCUCCUCUCCUCUCCACUUCUCUUCCUCUCCUCUCCACUUCUCCCACCUCUCCUCUCCACUUCUCCACCUCUCCUCUCCUCUCCCCUUCUCUUCCUCUCCUCUCCACCUCUCCUCUCCACUUCUCCACCUCUCCUCUCCUCUCCACUUCUCCUUCUCUCCUUCCUCUCCUCUCCACUCUCCUCCUCUCCUCUCCUUCCACUUCUCUCCCCUCUCCUCUCCUCUCCACUCUCCUCUUCUCUCCUCCUUCUCCAUCUCCCCCUCUCCUCUCCCUCCUCUCUCCUCUCCUCUCCCUCUCCACCCUCUCCUCUCCCUUUCUCACUCUCUCCUCUCCCUUCUCCCCUCUCCUCUCCACCUCUCCUUCCUCUUUCUCUCCCUUCUCCCCUCUCUCUCUCUCUCCACUUCUCCUCCUCUCCUCCUCCCUCGUCCACUCUCCUCUUCCUCUCCUCCUCGUCCUCUCCUCUCCACUCUCUCCUCCCCACCUCUCCCCUCUCCUCCUUCCUCUCCACUUCUCCUCCUCUCCUCUCCACUUCUCCACCUCUCCUCUCCACUUCUCCUCCUCUCCUCUCCUCUUCUCCUCCUCCCUCCCCUCCACUUCUCCUCCUCUCCUCCCCCCCCCCCCCCUCCUCUCCUCUCCCCCCCCCUCCCCUCCUCUCCUCUCCUCUCCCCCCUCUCCCUUUUCCUCUCCUCUCCUCUCCUCUCCUCUCCUCUUCCUCCUCCUCUCCCCUCCCUCUCCUCUCCUCUCCUCUCCUCUUUCCCCUCCUCUCCUCUCCCUCCUCUCCUCCUCUCCUCUUGGUCCCCCCUUCCCCUCCCCUUCUUUUUCCCCCUCUCCUCUCCACCUCUCCUCCUCUCCUCUCCACCUCUCCUCUCCACUUCUCCUCCUCUCCUCUCCUCCUCUCCUCUCCACUUCUCCACCUCUCCUCUCCACCUCUCCACCUCUCUGCAUUUCAGCCAGGUGUAAUAGGAACUAUUCAUUUAACUUCAGGUCAGUUCAGGAGACAAAUUGAAAUAUAAUAAAUAUAUUGAUUGGUUUAAUAUUUCAUACGUAUAAAAAUGAUGUAACGUUACAAUCUCACUCAUAUCUCCCCAAUGUCCUUUGUUGUCCUCCCAAACCCCAGAAUACACACACACACACACAGACACACACCAACACACACAGAAACACACAGACACACACACACAAAUACAUACACCCAUGUGAUUCAGCUCCCCCCUGACUCUACCCCCCCAGAAUCAUCUGACCAGGCCUGGCCCACUAACUGAGUAGGCGGGAAGGCGAUAAGCCCUGUCACCUGACUGUGGUCUGGGAAUGAGCAGGAGAAGUUAGUCCUCCUAAUCUUCUAGGGCGCACUACUUUUGACCAGAGCCCAAAUGGCACCCUAUUCCCUACAUAGUGCACUACUUUUGACCAGGGCCCAUAGUAGUGCACUGGAUAGGGAAUAGGGUGCCCUCGUGUCCCUGGUUGUGUCCCAGUUAGAGUCUCCCUGGUGAUUUACGACCAGUCAUUUACUGAAACGCAUUAGUGGGUUGCCAAGCCAAGGUUGCCAAGGUUGCCAUACCAAAGGAAACAAACACUCACUCACACACACACUCACUCACUCAUUCACUCACUCACUCACUCACUCACUCACUCACUCACUCACUCACACACUCACACACUCACUCACACACUCACUCACACACUCACUCACUCACUCACUCGUCCACGUUUAAGAGAGGAAACCCUUUAAUUGAUCCGUGUGUGGAUAGGCGUCGUUCACCAUCAGGCCUGGGUUCAAAUGCUAUUUGAAAUAAUUCAAAAUACUUUAUCUGGGCUUGAUUGAGUUUGCCUGGCUUAAAGGGAUACUUCAGAUUUUAUCUACUUCCCCAGAGUCAGAUGAACUCGUGGAUACCAUUUUUAUGUCUCUGCAUCCAGCAUGAAGGAAGUUAGAGGUAGUUUCGCGAGCCAAUGCUAACUAGCAUUAGCGCAAUAAGUGGAAGUAUAUUGUAUUUGCUAGCAACUUCCUUCAAACUGCACACAGAGACAUAAAAAGGGUAUUCACAAGUUCAUCUGACUCCGGGGAAGUACAUAAUGGCCCCCCGAAGUAUCUCUUUAAUGGGACCAAUAGAAUUGCCGAUCAGGCAGGCUAGAGCAAACGGUCAAGUAUUUGAAAGCUUUCAAAUAGUAUUUGAACCCUGUCUGUCCACCAUAAUAAACCUGUGAGCGUUCCCCUACUUCUGUUUAGUUCAUAUGCUGAUCACGAGGCAAGGACAGGGGAAGUGAGGGGGGGGGGCGGCGUAGGUAUUUGACCUUGUCUGUGUCCCAAAUGACACCCUAUUCCCUAUGUAGAGCACUACUCCACUUCCCAUAGGGCUCUGGUCAAAAGUAGUGCACUAUAUAGGGAAUAGGGUACCAUUUGCGACGCACCUUGAGUUAUGAAGUUGUGUGUGUUAGCAUGCUAACGCCCUCUCCGUCAGGUGACUGUUGUCACAGCUUACUGUUGCCAAACACUGGAGUAAAAAAAACAUCACCUCUGUUCUACUUCCCCCACACGUAUUGUAACGAAAACAGAAUCCCCUGGACUCUCCAGCUCAGACACCAGGGAUGUCUCCAAAUGGCGCCCCUGAGGGGAGAGGGACUAGCUGUCUUCUGAGGGGAGAGGGACUAGCUGUCCUCUGAGACUAGAGGGACUAGCUGUCCUCUGAGGGGAGAGGGACUAGCUGUCCUCUGAGGGGAGAGGGACUAGCUGUCUCUGAGGGGAGAGGGACUAGCUGUCCUCUGAGGCUAGAGGGACUAGCUGUCCCUGAACUAGGGGAGAGGACUAGCUGUCCUCUGAGGGGAGAGGGACUAGCUGUCCUCUGAGGGGAGAGGGACUAGCUGUCCUCUGAGGGGAGAGGGACUAGCUGUCCUCUGAGGGGAGAGGGACUAGCUGUCCUCUGAGACUAGAGGGACUAGCUGUCCUCUGAGGGGAGAGGGACUAGCUGUCCUCUGAGGGGAGAGGGACUAGCUGUCCUCUGAGGGGAGAGGGACUAGCUGUCCUCUGAGACUAGAGGGACUAGCUGUCCUCUGAGGGGAGAGGGACUAGCUGUCCUCUGAGGGGAGAGGGACUAGCUGUCCUCUGAGGGUAGAGAGACUAGCUGUCUUCUGAGGGGAGAGGGACUAGCUGUCUUCUGAGACUAGAGAGACUAGCUGUCUUCUGAGGGGAGAUGGACUAGCUGUCCUCUGAGGGGAGAGGGACUAGCUGUCCUCUGAGGGGAGAGGGACUAGCUGUCCUCUGAGGGGAGAGGGACUAGCUGUCUUCUGAGGGGAGAGGGACUAGCUGUCCUCUGAGACUAGAGGGACUAGCUGUCUUCGAGGGAAGGGGGAUUUAAGCUGUCUUCUGGGGGAAAAGGGACUAGCUGUCCUCUGAGGGAGAGGACUGCUUCCUCUGAGACAAGGGACUACUGUCCUCUGGGGGGAGAGGGACUAGUGUCCUCUGGGGGAGAGGGACUAGCUGUCCUCUGAGACUAGGGACACUAUCUUCUGAGGGGAAAGGGGAAACUGUUUUCUGAGACUAAGAACUAGCUGUCCUCUGGGGGGAGAGAGACUACUGUCUUCUAGGGGGGGGGGACUAGCUGUUUUCUGAACUAAGAGACUGCUUCUUCUGAGGGAAUGGACUACUGUCCUCUGAGGGAAGGGACUAGCUGUCCUCUGGGGGGAGAGGGACUAAGCUUUCCUCUGGGGGGGAGGGACUACUUCUUCUGAGGGGAGAGGGCUAGCUGCCUCUGAGACUAAGGGACUAGCUUCUUCUGAGGGGAGAGGGGGCUGUUUUCGGGGGGAAGGACUACUGUCCUCUGAGGGAGAGGACUACUGUCCUCUGAGCAAAGGGGACUGCGGGUCCUUGGGGGAGAGGGACUAGCUGUCCUCUGAGACAGAGGGACUAGCUGUCUUCUGAGGGGAGAGGGACUAGCUGUCUUCUGAGGGGAGAGGGACUAGCUGUCCUCUGAGGGGAGAGGACUAGCUGUCCUCUGAGACUAGAGGGACUAGCUGUCCUCUGAGGGGAGAGGGACUAGCUGUCUUCUGAGGGGAGAGGGACAGAUCCUAUCACAACACUCUGUCAAGGAAACAGGUAUCUUCUUAGUAGGGGAGAGAAGUUAGAGACACAGGUAUCUUCAUAGUAGGGGAGGGAAGUUAGGGGCCUACUACUGUUUUGUAUUAAAGCUUUUGUAGCUGUGAGUACCUGAAUCAACACAGCUGCGUUUAUAGUGCUCUGCCACUUGCUGAGAACUACCCAGGAGUCAUCUGUGUGUUGUUGUAGUAUUAGCUAAACCUCAAGGGGUUGUUACUUUCUGUUUCUGCUCAGUCACAUUUGACAUAUUUUGCUAACAAGAUGAACCAAUCACAUUCCACUUCUUCCUCACUUCCAAAUAUCUUAGCCCCUCCUCUUCCUCCCCCCCCCCCCGUCUUCACAGAGUUCCAGUCACGUAACUCCUCCUCCCUGUCUCUCCAGGUGCUCCAGUGGUGACGUCCUUCCCUCAUUUCUACCUGGGAGAUGAGAAGUACUCUAACGCCAUUGAAGGACUAAAUCCUGUCAGAGAGCACCACCAGACCUACCUGGACCUGAACCCGGUACGCAACCCUCUAGUGUUCACUUCUCUGGGGGGGGGGGGUGGUCGAAUAGAUCAUCCUCUUUAAUAUUGCCAAUAGUGUUACAUUUGUGUAAUAGGGAAUUGCACCAACUGCGAAGGCUGAAAUAAUGUUCUCACAUUACCAGGCUAUAAUUAUUGAUUGUUUAACCUAGACAUAAAUCAUGUACUAAUUAUAUAAUUAUUAUAAUUAUAUUAUAAUUAUAAUAAUGUACUACUUAUGUCCAGAUCCUUAUGGGCCCUGGUCAAAGGUAGUACACUAUAGAGUAUAGGGAAUAGGGUGCCAUUGGGGACACACCCCUGGUUGACAGGGUCGUCCUCUACUCUAGAGGUCCUGGUUGACAGGGGACCGCGGGCAGCCGGUUUUGUAGUCUCCCCUGUGGUCUUUCUCUGUCCUGUUGUGCUCUGUUCCACCCUCCAUAGUUCCGUAGCUCAGUGUAUAUAUAGUACAUUAGUAUAUCCAGUACAUUGAGCGUUACACCUGCAGUUCAAAAGUGUGUGUUAUCUGUUAUUGUACACGUCCAGACCACUGGUGUUCCUAUCCGAGCCAGUAAGAGGGCUCAGGUCAACAUCCUCAUCAACAGAAUCUCUGGCUUCCCGUGAGUAUCACCAAUUCACAACCACCACCCACGUUCAGAUCGCUAAAGACAUGUAGUCUUUGUUUCUGUAUGAUUUUGUUCCUUUGUUGAAUGAUUUCUGUCUCACAACCACCACCCAAGUUCAUGUAGCAAUAAUAAAGUUUAUAAUCUUAAUGAUUUCUAUGUUAUUUCCUUCCAUUGUUUCAUGAUUUCCUUCACAGGAAAACCAAAUCCCUGAACGAGACUAUCUUCCCUGUCAUGUUUAUCAAUGAGGUAGGAAGAUCACAUUUCAUCGACUGUUAUUUUUUAAAUCUGAGCAUUGAUCGCAAAUUUGCAAUGACGACUUUGUCCUUCUGUCAGGGAGUUUACGGUGUCCACCCUGUAAUGUUAUUCACCAUUAACCCUCUUCUUCAGACGGUGGUGAUUGACGACGUGUCGGCCGCGAAGCUCCACAAGCUCUUGCUGAUGGUGACGCUGGUGUCCAACUUCCCCCUCAUCCUCGUUGGUCUGGGGGCCAUCCUGCUGCUGGUGUUCAUCGGCCUCAUCGUCCGCGAAUGCAAACAGAAGGUAUGACACACCCAUGUUUCUUUUCUUUUCUUUUUCUUAAGGAGUUGGGUAGUCCCUCUGCUUUUGUAUAUAUAUAUAUAUAUAUAUAUUUUUUUUUUAUAUAGAACAGUGAAAGACUGACAGGAAAGUUAGGUGGAGAGGGGAGAGGGUGUGUUAGAAUAACAGUGUGACUGAAUCAAACCCACGCUCACACAGGCACAUAUAUUCUGGUGGCAGCGGCAUAGACAACGCCAGGCCACUGACCCGGGAAGGUAGAGUGUUGAGGGCCUUUGUAAAAGAGGAGCAGGACAAACAGUGUUCUCUAAUCAAUAAACUACAGUUAGAGCCCAGAGCUUUUCCUGGUCAAGAAUAAGUCCUGGCCUGGCCCUCAACUAUAAAGUACUUUAAAAAGGCAGCAAGAAAUGCCACAAAGGGGAAAGUGAAAGUCACGCUGUAGACAGAAUAGGUAAGCCCACUAAACCCAUAGAGAUCCUAUUAAAUUACUAGAGGUUAGCUUAGUGGUUAAGAGCGUUGUGCCAGUAACCGAAAGGUCGCUGGUUCUAAUCCCCGAGCCGACUAGGUGAAACAUCUGUCGAUGUGCCCUUGAGCAAGGCACUUAACCCUAAUUCCUCCUGUAAGUUGCUCUGGGUAAGAGCGUCUGCUAUAUGACUAGAAUGUUAUGAACCCUAAAAGAUGGCAGAUUUUUAGGCAUGUUGCUAGGUACCCGAUGUCCAUUCCAGUGUUCUAUUGCCUUUUUCUAUGAGGAGACACUGAAGAAUAGAGAAUAGUAUAGAACUUAAGGCUGUGGUUUGGUUUGUCACAAGACACUCCUUUUCCCAUUUCUCUUUAUUAGGCUAACAUCAUGUGGCUGCUUAGUGCUUUAGAAUACGAUUUAUUACCCUUUUUUUUAACAUCUUUCUUUCACUGCACGUUUUUUUUUUUUUUUGUAAAGGUCUUAAUGCAUUCUGCAUCAUAACAUUAAACUUAACAUAAUAUAAAAUAAAUCUCAAAAUUGACCUAAUUUUGCAAAUAUGAACACUGACUUCAAGGGACUAACAUGUUUAUGUAACUAACUGUUUUUUAAAACUAUGAUGCCACCAUGAUUCAGUGACCGUAUUAACCAGUGAAUCUUAACCCAUUCUAACGGUACUGGAUGUAUGCAUGGGCUUCCUUUAUGUUUCUGUUCAGAAUGAAGUUAAACGUAAUUCUUUAAUAAUCAUUCAUCAUUUCCCCUUUUUAUCGUUUACAUUUACCACUUUAAUACCUUUACUUCUUAAUCAGCCAAUGUUGAUCAUAAAUCCUCUCUGAAAUGUUCUGUUCUGUAUAAUACAUUACAUUAUCUGUAUUUUCACCGACAAGUAUGCACCAUUUUGAAUAACACUGUUUGGUAUGUUAACGAUCAGAUUAACAUCUAUCCUGAAAGCUCAAUUCUAUGGGACGGUUUCCCGGAAACAGAUUAAGCCUAGUCCUGAACAAAAAAAAAACAUGCUCAAUGGAAAUUCUCCAGGACUAAACUUGAUCUGUGUCCAGCUAUCCCUUUAUACAGUACAACAUGUCCCUGAUGAUAGAUCAUGCACGGCUGUACAACAAACACUGUAUCUGAAAGAUUAUGAUUCCCGUCCAGGGUAGGGGAGGGAAUGGCCGGGAGGGAUGUAGCUCAGUUGGUAGAGCAUGGCGUUUGCAAUGCCAGGGUUGUGGGUUCGAUUCCCACGGGGGGCCAGUAUGAAAAAUAAAAAAAAAGAAUGUAUGCACUCACUAACUGUAAAUCGCUCUGGAUAAGAGCGUCUGCUGAAAGGAUCUAAAAUGAAAGCGAAAAGCCUUUGUUAAUGGUGAUCGCUAGCACGACCAACUAACCACUCCUACCCCCUCACCCUCACCGCCCUCAACCUAACUCACCUCCAUCUAUACCUCCUCACUCUUACCUCCUCAUCUCUACCUCCUCACUCUUUACCAACUCCAACUUUACCUCCCUCGACUCAUCCCACUCGACUCACGCCUAACACGAUAACCUCCUCCAUCUCACCUCACUCCAUCUACGCCCCCCAUGCAGAAACCUGCUACCCCCAAGUCGUCAAACCCUAGCCCCUCAACUGCUCGCAAGCCACUCGUCCUACCUCACAAAGAGAAAGAGAGAAAGCAAAAGCAGGAAGAAAUGAAGCGCAAAAAUACAGACAAAAAAACAACAGAAGAAACGAUCAGACCCACGGUCGCGUAAGACACGAAAGGAGUAAACAACAGCGCGAAUACCGCAGAAAGAAAAGACACAUGGAUAAGCGAGAAUACGAAAUAAAAGAGAGAGAGCAGAAGAGCAGCAAGAAAGAAAGUAGAGAGGGAGAGCAAAAGAUAGAGAGAAGACGAGAGAAGAGAAAGCAUAAUAAGAAGAGAGAGAGAGAGUAGAGAAGAGAGUAGAAAGCAACAGAGAGAAGACGAGAGAGAUAGAGAAAGGAAGAGAGAUAAGGAGAGAGAGAGCAGAGAGUAAGAGAGAGAAGAGAUGGAGAACGAAAGAGUAGAGAGAAAGAACGUAGAAAGAUGAGAAAGAGGAGAAGAAUAGUAGAGAGAGGAAGAGAGAGAGAAAAAGAGGAGAGAGAGAGAGAGAGGAUCGAAAGAUAGAGAAGAAAAGAAAGACGGAGUAGGCUAGAAAGAAUAGAGAAAGAGAAGAAGAGAGAAAAGAAAGAGAGAGACGAGAGAAAGAGAAAGGAGAGAGAAGUAGAUAGAAGGAGAACGAAUAAGAAGAGAUCGAAGUCAAGACUGAGAGACGAAAGCAAUAUAAAAAGAAAAGAUACGAUAUAGUAGCUCCCUCCUCUCCUCCUCUUCUCGCUCUCUCUCGUCUAUCUAUCUCUCUCUCUCUCUCUAUCUCUCUCUAUCUCUCUCUCUCUCUCUCUCCUCUCUCUCUCUCUCUCUCUCCACUCUCUCCCUCUACUCCAUCCUCCAUUUUCUCCAUCCCUCCACUGUCUUCAUCUAUAGAAGUCAACAAAGGAAGACACAUCUUAUUCCCCUGUGAGCAACAAGGAGGCUGAAGAACAAAAUGGCAGCACCUAC